ACCAUCAAACCCUUUCAAAAACCAUAAACAUAUUCAUUCCCAUACCACACUACAAUCGCAAUGGCAAUCUCCAUGACUCGUUUCACAUUCUUUGCCGUUCUCAUCUGCUCUUUCGCCGUAAUCCUCGGCAACAAGAUGGCAUCAGCACAAUGUGCCGGUGACAUGCAAGGCCUCAUGCAGGAAUGUGCAAGGUAUGUACAAAAGUCAGGCCCUAUGAUCCAACCCUCUGCUGGUUGUUGUGGUGUGGUCAAGAAUGUAGACUUGCCUUGCGUCUGCAGCCAUAUUACCACCGAGGUUGAGGGUGUUAUCAGCAUGGAGAAGGCUGCUUUCAUUGCUCAAGCUUGUGGUAAACCGCUAGCCCGUGGCGCCCAUUGUGGAAGCUAUGUUGUUCAAGGAAACUAGAUGAAGAAGAAGAGUUGAGGUGGUAUGGUGGAAGAGAUUCGAAUGUUGCAAACAAUGUAAAACAUGGUUUCUCUUGUACCGAAUAAAUAAAGUUAUGAUAAUGCUUGAUGUUUUGUUUUUGAUUA